GAGCUGCUGAACCGGAUCUUCGACGACAUUGAAGCUUUCGUGGGCAAACUGCAGAAAUCUGCCGAGGCCGACCGGGUCCUGAAGCAGCUGAAACGAUCGAACCGGGGGCGCCGCCGGGAGCCGGGGGAGGGGCUGCUGACCCUGCGGGCCCGGCCACCCCUCAUGGAAGAGUUCCAGGACACUCUGGCCAAGCUGAAAUAUUCCUUCAGCCUCCUGGCAAGACUCCAGGCAAACAUCUUGAAUCCCACUUCAGAGGAGCUGGUUCACUUCCUUUUUGGCCCCCUGAAAAUGGUGAGCGGGGGAGGGAGUGAGGGGGCACGUAGGACCCUAGGUCUCAGGGACUGGCGACUGGGAAGGGGGCACAUCGGGGGGGGGGGCUGCCCCAGAUGGCACUUGACAGGGAUAGAGAGGAAGGAGGGAACGAAAGAGGAAGACAUCGGAGGAGAGAGAGCCCGUCCCGCCAGCGCCCCACCCCCCCCAGCAGCCCAGCCAAGCCACAGACAGACAGAAGAGGGCAGCCUUGUGAGCUGCAAGUACGACUUUGUAGCCAGGAACAGCAAUGAGCUAUCUGUCCUGCAGGGGGAGGUUCUGGAGGUGCUGGACAACACCAAGAAGUGGUGGAAGGUUCAGAACCGCUCUGGCCAGCAAGGCUACGUCCCCUUCAACAUCCUCAGCCCACUCCCGGCCACCCAGAACCGCAGCCCGGGCGACCCGCUCAACGGCGCCGGCAGCAGCCCCCGCCAGACCAGAGCCCCGGGCCCCCCAGGCUUGGCGGCUCUGAAGAAAAAGGUACCAGCCCCAAAUGGCACCCAGUGGAACGGCUCCAAGGGGCUUGGCCUAGACCCCAAUGAGAGAGAGCGGCUGAACGAGGAGCUGCUGCAGCGCCUGGCAGCCGGCCGGGGACCCCCCACCAAGCCCUUCCUGGUGCACCGGGCGCUGGACACGUCGGUGCCGCUGGACCACGACUCCGACCCCGCCCAGGUCCAGGCCUGGCUGGAGGCCAAGGGCUUCGAGCCCCUGACGGUGAGCACCCUGGGGGUGCUGAACGGGUCCCAGCUCUUCUCGCUGUCCAAAGCCGAGUUCCAGGCCGUGAGCCCCGAGGAAGGAGCCAGAGUCUACAGCCAGGUCACCAUACACAAGGCCAUGCUGGAGGACUUUAGGAAAACCUCCGAACUGGAAGCUGUGAUGGAGAAACGGAAGAGGAAAUUGGAGGGCGAGACAGAAGCAUCCCGCUCGUGAAGAAGGCAAGGACAUGUUGCCCCCCCCCCAGCUGACAGAGCUCCCCCCACUGGCGAGGGUGCUGCUUUGGGGGCUGGAUCACCGGACCCCCACCUGGCUCUCAGACUUCCCCCUCCCCAGCUCUCUGUGAGGGCAUCUCCCCGAACUAGACACGCUAAGGACCUCUGCAUGGGUAUAGAUUUCUUCACGGGCAUCUGGCUACCACCUGCUCCAUUCAGGCUACCACACCUCUUAAAGGAACAGCCCCCAGCGCAUAUGUGUUGUUGUUGUUUUUUACUUCCACUAUUUAUUUAAGAAAGGGGGCAAACUUUGAAAUGUAGCCCCCCCCUUUCCCCUCCAAAUGGUAUGACCUCCCUUGUCCACAAUCUCCCCUCUGUUCCCCCCAAGUGGUACAACUUCUAUAUUCCAACCCCCUUGCAUUUCAACUCACGUGGUACAGCCCCCCCAGUCUGCACCGCCCCUCCCCGUUCGGUAUAAUCUCCAACACUGCUUUUUCCUCUCAAGUGGUAUGUCCCCUCCAUUUUCUCCCCCCAAAUGGUACAACCACCACCCCCCCUAUUUUCUCAAUUGGUAUGUACCCUAUUCUCCAAGUGUGACUCCCCAGCCUUGGAAACUCCCCAUUGCCCCUUAAAUGGUACCACCUCAGUCUCCACAGUGCCCCUUCCAUGUCCUCCCUCCAGAAAUGGUGUGACCCCCCCUACUCAUUGUUCAGCCCCCCCCACUGGACCCAGCAGAGCUGAGGCUAGGGGGCGCCAGGGAAUCAGAGGACCUCAUUGCAUGUAGUACCCCCUGUGGCCACCAGAGGGGGAUGCUCUGUGCUAGGCAGUGCCACCAGUCCUAAGGUUGCUUAACGGUUUCCAUUCCCAGCUCCCUUUUUGCGGAGCUGCUUAUAACUCAGCCAAACCAGAAUGGCCGGGGCUGAAAGUUCCCAGCUCUGCAGCAGGCUGGGUUGGGGGAGGGGGGAGGAUAUUCGGGGCAAAUUGAUUCAGCCAUUUUCGAGAGGGAGGCCGCCGGAGGGGAGACGUACACGCCCUACGUGCCCUUCGCGGCUGCUCGGCUCCUUCCUAAGGGGGGUCGACUCUCCCCACCCCCCCAAAAAAGGAGGGGAAAAGCAAUAAAUAGUGGGAAAUGUUGACCCUUCGGGGCCUUUUCACAAGUGCAGUAUAUAUAUGGGGCGACGAAUCUGGGUAGUGUUUAUCUCGCGUGAAUAAAACAUGCUACAA